UAGCUGUCUUUCCAGAGCAAAAAGUAUGAUCAGGAAUGCUGAAUGCCAGCAUAUUUGGAAUAAAUAUGGCAUUCAACCUCAUUAUCAAGGGGACAGCUGUUUUUCACAUAGGAAAUACAGCUUAUCAUUAGUGGUUUUUCCCCCCAGAUAUAGUUAGAAAUUGAUUUCAGUUUGGCAGUAGUGUGAUUUGACUUGGUUUUAUCUUGGUGGCUGGCAGUAGAAGCAAGUCCCAAGAGGAAACAAAAGUUUCUAGUUUUUAGGCAGGCUUUUCCAGAAUAUAUGUCCUAAUGCUUCUGUUUCUCAGGUUCGAUACACUUUAUUUUUUCUCAUUUGUUAAAAACCUUAUAGCUUUGUGUGACAUGAAAUACACUGGAUGCAAUGAAGUAAUCCGAUGCAGUACUGUGAGUUGUAACUGUUGGAAAAAAAUCACUUUAAAAAGUAGUGCUUUGUAGCUGCAACAUAAGCCACCUUUUUUGGCACAAGAUCUGGAAAACUGGGAGUUUCACCUGCUCCCAGAGUACAUUGCAAAAUUAUGCCUCUUUCAUAGUUAUCUCAAUUAUCGUCCUAUCUCCAUUUAUAUAUUUUUUCAUUUGUUUUGGUGAUUUCAUGUAUGUUCGGUUUCAUAAGUAUUCAAUACUUGCAAAUGAAAAUUGUUUUAAUGUUCCUGUAAGAGCAAAAAUGACAGUUAUUAUUAAAUAACCUUGGAUUUUUCCUCCUGCAGUCAUAAAUUUAUAGGUAGUAAUUAUGCUGUUAUUUCAUCCCACUAGUUUGUGUGCACAACUACCAUUGCUUUUUGCCUUUGUUUACUUAAAGGGUUUGAAGCUGUCUGCAAAAGGAAAACCUAUAGGAGAUUGAAGGAAGGAGUAAUGGGUUGGAAGGCUAGAGGAGACUGUGAUGAAGUCAGCUAUGAUGGGAAAAUGAUGCUAGUAGUUGCACCUUAUUUUAAAGGAGUGUGGGAUUUUUGAUGACAACUGGGAAAUUCUGCUGUUCCAUCUGGGAACUGAAAGCUGGUACAGCCAGCAGCUCUUCAGGCCUCCUCAUGAAUCAGGAAACACUGGAGUGCAAUUUGGAUAUUUCCAAACUUGCCCUUGGUUAUUUCUGAGUGCUAUUCCAGACCAGCCUGCUUGUAGCUGUGCUGUUGUAAAGAGGUUGUAAAGAGGACCUUUUAAGUCAGCCUGUGGCACUGUUUAGUGUCUUGGACCUGCAAACCCUCAACAGAGUUCAGCUAGGUAAAGAAAAGUGAAAUGCUUGCUGUCCUGGCAUCACCUCUGUGUUUUGCUCUGAUUUCAUCUCCCUGUGGAAGGCAUCUUGCCUGUACAAGUAUGCAGUGCUUGCAUUCUUAGAUUUCAGACUUUAAUUGCUGACUUGAAAAACCUUUUUACUGCCUUGCAGCUCCCUAAUUGUUUGUUUACAUUGCAUCCAUUUGCUAUUGUCCCAGUAGGUCCUUUCUGUAAACAGGAAGAGGGGAAUCUCUGCCACAGAGGAUUUUUGGUCCAGGGAAGAUUGUGCUUGAGAGUGAGCAUUUAUAAAAAAUUAUACAGGAGGACAGGAUUAAGAAGGAUGUAAUUUCAUUUGCUUCUUACCAGAGUCUGACUUAAUUUUAAUUCUCAGACUUUGCUUGAAGUACGAUUAAGGCAAUGGACAACUCUAAGAGGACUUAGCACAUUUAAAUAGACAGGUGCUGAUUAAAAUGUUAAUACAGAAUGGCAUUGGGAGGGGAUUCAGCGUUAUGAGUCAGCCCUGAGGUUCUCCCCCUGCCUAUGGCUCCUUUGGUGGGAUGGAAUGGUGCCACAGCCCCUCCCUAUUAGCCUCAUGCGUUUGUCCAGGUGUCUGCCUCUUCCGUAAAAGAUGGGAUUGCUGGACCUGGCAUAUACUCAGGAAGUAGUGCAGCAAGAAAAAUGGCACAAAGUGUUUAUUUGAUGAUUUUACUUUUGUGUCUCAGAUUAGUGUGUCCUCUUGCAACUGGAAUUUUUAUGGAGAAGCUUACCAGCCAGAAGCUGUGUACUGAUGAUGACUGUGUCUCUAAGUAAAUUUACACCAAUUUCCAUGCCACAGUAGAAGAGGAUUAUAAUGCUUCAGAUUCCAGAUUCAUUAAUAUUAAGAAGGGGCAGUUGAUUUAUGUUUACUCAAAACUAAUGAAUGAAAAAGAUGGAGAAUUCUGGGCUGCAAGUGUUUAUAGAAAGCAUUAUGAAGACCAUAUGGGGACAGUUGAUUAUUUCCCUGCCAGUUUAGAGUCAGAACAACAUGUCUAUCAAGAAGCAAAUAAGACUCUUUCUACAAGGGUAAAGAAUUUACAAAAGCCCAGCUGGCUACAUAAUUAUACUUGGCUAUGUAAUUCUAAUUUGCUGUAAAAUCAAAUCAUUAUUGUGGCAGUUGAUUGUAGCAUAUCCAAUCUGAUUAGGAAUCCAAUCUUUGGGCCUUUAUACAGGCAAAUAACCUCAAUAAAAUCCCUAGCAUAACCUCUGAUACAGCAGACAUUGUAAAUGUUGCAAUAAAGGCUUGAUCCUUUUUAUUUGGAUAGUAUUCCAUUAAGGUCACAUAACUUUUACCCAAAGCUUUCUUUUUUAGAUACUACAGCCUGGGUAUUGUGCUGUAAACUUUGGUAACAUGUACUAGUGUACCUUCUAUGAAUUGUAUAUAUAGAUAGACACUGUCAUACAGAACUUGUGAUGACUGUGAGACCAAUGCUUGCUUUUUCAUUACAAAGCUUAUGGUGCAUCAAAAAACUGAGUUAAACGGAUUUUGGAAACACAAUAGCAUUCUGUGAGUAAGCAUGCUGCAUUUCUGAAAGAAUGGUUGUCCCUGGUAAUGCACAAAAAAAUAAUAUUUUUACUAAAUAUCUGAAACACUUCAUGGAGGAGUGGAAGAGGAGGUUCGUUUCUCAGAGGCCACCAUGGUUUGGCUUACAACUGGCAGUUACUGGUAGCUUAUUUCUGUGCUUAAAACCAAAUUGAGUGUUACAUUUAAAGUACUUACCUUCAUCCAUCCUCAAUAUUUUUUAGCUAUAUGCUGUAUUGCAGUGUAUGGCAAAAUACAAUUAGCAUUUUAAUCUUGAAGUCAUAACUGGAAUUUUCAAUCCUAGGUCCAGGUUAUUAGAUGGGUUUCAUUAACACAGAUGAAAUAAGUGAAAGGAAGAAUUUUGUGUCAUGUUAAUAGUUGCCAAGAUUUGCACCACACAAUUUUUAUUUCAGGAAAUAUGUAUCUUGGUUAAGUGAUUGCUUUUCUUGUCAUUACAUUAGGUUAUUCUGUUGUAGCAAUUAAUUAGUUAAAGAGCACGAAAGAACUACUACAAUGCAUUUUAAGCUCUUUUCUCAGUCAUAUAACGGGCAUGGCAAGCUGAACUGGAAGUGGAGGUAGGUUAAAGUGAUGUCUUAGCCUGAAGGCUUACUCGGUGUCCAGAAUGGGACAUUGUCAGGCUGCAGUGCUGAGCUUUAAUUGGAAAGUCGGUGGCAUAGACUUCCAGUCCUUUCACCCUUCCUUCACAUUCUUGCUAUGCAGGAACAUUUCAAUGAAAACAAAGGGUAAUACAGAGACAUCUACUGAUCUCAGCUUAUUUUGCAAAUGUGACUUUAAGGAUCAGACUCUUUGUUCACAUGUACAAUAGUUUACAGCACGUCUUGACCCAUCUGUGUGCUGCUUGCUUCAGAAAUAUCCCUUAAAGCAGCUUUUUCAAAUAGAGCUAGUAUUGCAUCACCAGCCUUCCAUUUACAAAUAGCAAUCCAGUUUCUUGCUCACAGUUCUUCAACCUUCUCCCAAACCACUGGCAAUGUUUUUGCCUUGCUUUCACAGCCUUGCACCUGCAAAGCCCAAUAUUGGUGUAAGAUAGGCUCUCUUUGAAAAGGGUUGCCAUUAAAUGACAUGAUGUCCAAAGCUGAACAAUGAAUCAGCAUGGAGCACAAAUGACAUUAUAUGAAGGAAUGCCUCAUAGGGAACUCAUUGAGGAAAAACAUUAAGAGGGACACUUGCUGCAUUGGAGAGAAGCCUGAAAGAGAACAGUAACCUGGGGGCCUCUGUGUUUCCAGCUCUCCUUUUAUUUCAGGGUAUUUUCCCUCCAAAAAAGGUAACUUCCACUGUUGGAAUCAAUGUAUGCCAUUAGCUACAGACCUUGCUAUGAUAAACCUUUCUGCCUGUGGACCUCUCUCAGCAUCCUUUUGUGUAGCACUUGGGGUAAUCCAUGUCUGUUGGUUGGUGAUCGAGCAAUAAAUCUCAAGAGGUUGUUUUUGGUUUUUUUUCUCAGUGCCGCUAUUUCUGAACCAUUGAAUCAAACGGAAUACAAUGGGCUGGACACAAUAUGCUGUGUGUACAUCAGAGUGCUGGUGUUGAAUUGCCUGCCUUCCCUCAGGCAGUUAAAAUCAGCCAUUUGCUGGCUUAGUACUUUUGUUACCAGGAAGCAGGUGUUCUGCAGCAGCUCCCUGUCUCCUGCUUGCAGUGGGCAGCUAUGUGGAAUACACUGGAUAUACUUCUCUGAUGUAAAUAAGGAACAUAGCAUGACAAUUCCCUGCACCAAAAUCCAGAUCUCUAUAGGCAGAUAAUAGCAGGAAGGAAGCAAUAUGCUCUGGAAGUCUUUUCCCUGCCAGAAGUUUUCAAGCAGAAUACUGGCAUUUAUUUUCUAGUCAGCAGUUCUCUAAGUACUACAUAGCCUCAGUUUAAUUAAUCCUUUUCAUGUGGGAUUAGGAAUUGUUUAAGGAUGACUAAUCAAUCCAGGUAUAGGACUGCAGGAAUACAAAACAAAACAAACAAAAAAAAUGGUAAAGGAAUUGUUUGAAAUUAAGAGAGAAGGAGGUAUUGUCUAAUUAAUUUCAAGAAUUCAAGAUAGGAACAAAUGAAUUGAGCUAUGCAAAAUGAGUCAAAGGACAAAAGAGCUUUGUCUUUUCCAGAUUCCUUUAAAUAUAUUAUGGUGUACUUUGUGUAUAUUAUAGCAUAUUCUGUGUAUAGCAUAUUCAUUUACCUA